UUGAGGUUUCGGUGAUUUCGGCGAGGAAUGCUAACUAACGAAUAUGUUUGAAAAAUGGUGUCAUAUGGCAAUUUAGGCCUGGGUUUUGAUUUUAAGGGCCGGGGUUUAUCUUGGCCCAAAAAGAGCCCAUGACAUAACGAGUUGAAACGGCGUCGUUGGCCUCUGAAGUGAAAAUUUUACACGUUUCCAGUUCCAGUUGCUCAGUCUCAACUCUCAAGUCUCACUGUUCGGACUUUGGUUUUGGCUCUACUCUCUCUCUCUCUCUCUGUCGCAGAGUUCCGAGUAAACCCGAACUUUCCGGCUCUUCUCUAAUUCAUCUCCAAAGUUUUCCUGAUUUGUACUAAUAAAGGGUAUCACAGAGGGCGAGACAUGCAGACAUGAAGAUGCUCUUAAGGAACCGAGGAUUAAUCUAUCAAAUUGAUUUGAAGUGCAGUCACAUUUACACCUCUUUUAAAAAGUUCUCAUCAUUGUAUAAUGGGCCUUCUGAGGUGGAUGGGAAAGUUGUUCCCUUUCUGGAUGGGGCUAAUAGAGAAAGUUCAAGAAAAGUUGAGGGUGUGAGACAGGUACUGGAUAAUGUGUGCCAUAUAUUGGAAAGUGGACCAUGGGGACCAGCCCUUGAGGAUGCUCUAUCUUUGUUGGACGAAAAACCAAAACCAGAACUAGUUAUUGGAGUCUUAAGGAGGCUGAAGGAUGUCAAUGUAGCAGUAAAUUAUUUUCGGUGGGCUGAGAGAAAAACCGACCAAGCACAUUCUCCUGAAGCAUACAAUUCACUUCUCAUGGUUAUGGCUAGGGGUAGAAAGUUUGAUUGCUUGGAAGAGAUUCUUGAAGAAAUGAGUAUUGCAGGAUUCGGUCCAUCUAAUAACGUGUGUAUAGAGUUAGUUGUAAGCUGUGUCAAGUCUCAAAAUCUUAGAGAAGCUUUUGAUCUAAUACAAACCAUGAGGAAGUUUAAAUUCCGUCCCGCAUUUUCGGCUUAUACAACUCUGAUUGGUGCUUUAUCUGCAGUUCAUGAAUCCGAACGUAUGCUCACUCUUUUUCACCAAAUGCAGGAGCUAGGUUAUGAAGUAAGUGUGCAUUUAUUUACAACUCUUAUUCGUGUAUUUGCCAGGGAGGGCCGGGUUGAUGCUGCUCUUUCCCUGCUGGAUGAGAUGAAGAGCAACUCUUUUGAUGCUGACAUUGUUCUGUAUAAUGUUUGCAUAGAUUCUUUUGGUAAGAUUGGGAAGGUGGAUAUGGCCUGGAAAUUCUUUCAUGAGAUGAAAUCUCAUGGCUUGAUGCCUGACGAUGUGACAUAUACUAGCAUGAUAGGGGUUCUCUGCAAAGCUGAUAGACUGGAUGAAGCUGUGGAGCUAUUCGAACAGCUGGAUAGCAGCAGGAAAGUCCCUUGUGUAUAUGCUUAUAACACCAUGAUCAUGGGUUAUGGCUCAGCUGGAAAGUUUGAUGAAGCGUAUAGUUUACUUGAGAGGCAAAAACAAAAGGGGUGCAUUCCGAAUGUGAUUGCAUAUAAUUGCAUUCUCACUUGCCUUGGAAAGAAGGGGAGAGUGGAAGAGGCAUUACGGAUCUUUGAGGAGAUGAAGAAAGAUGCAGUACCAAACCUUCCAACCUAUAAUAUUCUAAUAGACAUGCUUUGCAGGGCAGGGAAACUUGAGGCUGCUUUGGGUGUUCGGGAUGCCAUGCAAGAAGCUGGCUUGUUUCCUAAUGUUAUGACUGUCAACAUAAUGAUAGAUCGACUCUGCAAAGCUCAAAAACUGGAUGGGGCUUGUUCUAUAUUUGAAGGAAUGGAUCACAAAGUUUGCACCCCAGAUGCUGUUACAUUUUGUUCUCUUAUAGAAGGCCUGGGCAGACAUGGUAGAGUGGAUGAUGCCUAUAGGCUAUAUGAAAAGAUGCUAGAUUCUAAUCAGAUUCCAAACGCUGUCGUUUAUACAUCACUUAUCAGUAACUUUUUCAAGUGUGGCAGGAAGGAGGAUGGUCACAAGAUAUACAAAGAAAUGAUUCAUCAGGGCUGUUCUCCUGACCUGAUGCUUCUUAAUACCUACAUGGAUUGUAUUUUCAAAGCUGGUGAGACUGAGAAAGGAAGGGCUUUGUUUAAGGAAAUAAAGGCUCAAGGAUUCAUUCCAGAUGUUCGGAGCUAUUCAAUCCUAAUUCAUGGCCUUGUCAAAGCAGGUUUUGCAAAUGAAACAUAUGAGGUAUUCUACUCAAUGAAGGAUCAAGGCUGCAUUCUGGACACCCGCGCUUACAACACUGUUAUUGAUGGAUUCUGCAAGUCUGGUAAGGUUAACAAAGCUUAUCAACUGUUGGAGGAAAUGAAGACAAAGGGUCACCAACCCACUGUUGUUACCUAUGGCUCUGUCAUCGAUGGGCUUGCUAAGAUUGACAGGCUUGAUGAAGCAUACAUGCUCUUUGAAGAAGCAAAGUCUAAAGGAAUAGAGUUAAAUGUGGUGAUAUAUAGUAGUCUUAUUGAUGGGUUCGGGAAGGUGGGUAGAAUUGAUGAAGCAUACCUAAUCAUGGAAGAGUUGAUGCAGAAGGGUUUGACCCCUAAUGUAUACACUUGGAAUUGCUUGCUUGAUGCACUUGUGAAAGCGGAGGAAAUUAAUGAAGCUCUUGUCUGCUUUCAGUCACUGAAAGACUUGAAAUGUACCCCCAACCAAGUAACUUACAGCAUUCUCAUAAAUGGUCUCUGUAGGGUUAGAAAAUUUAAUAAGGCCUUCGUGUUCUGGCAAGAGAUGCAGAAGCAAGGGUUGAAGCCCAACACAAUCACGUACACAACCAUGAUCUCAGGACUUGCAAAGGCUGGAAACAUAGUAGACGCUAGUGGGCUUUUUGAGAGGUUUAAGGCAAGUGGUGGUAUACCGGAUUCUGCUAGUUAUAAUGCUAUGAUAGAAGGGCUAAGCAAUUGUAAUAGAGCAAUGGAUGCAUAUGUACUUUUUGAGGAAACUCGGUUGAAAGGUUGUAAUAUUCAUACCAAAACUUGUGUCGUUCUUCUAGAUGCAUUGCAUAAGGCUGACUGCCUUGAGCAAGCAGCAAUUGUGGGUGCAGUGUUGAGGGAAACAGCAAAGUCUCAACAUGCUUCAAGAUCUUGGUAAUGUCAGGUUGUAGAUUUUGUAACUUACUGGAGGUUUCAGUUUAUGUGGUUCGCUCAGUAAGAAGGUAUGCCAUAAUUUUUUCUUUCUCAUCUUAUUGAUGAAGAAAUUUGUGGAAAAGAGAGAGUCCUGUUCAUGAAUACUCUUCCUUGCAUCAAUUCCUUUAUUAGGCUGAAGUUUCUACCCUAAUCCCUUAUUUGAUCAGUAGCUAUUGAAAUUAUAAGAUGUGAAAAACAAAUCUUUGUUUGCAACAAGGCUUACACAGGCAGCAGGGUGGCCUUUCCAUAAGUCCAAAUUCAUAUUUGAUUCAAAUACAAUGCCUUUACUGGUUGAAGUUUUCAGGUGUUCAAAACAUAGGAUGGUAAAAUGUAACAGGAAUCUGCUGGCCUGCAUAACUGUGUUCAAAACAUAGGAUGGUAAAAUGGUAUUUAAGUUAGAAGUAGCAAGCAACAGUGGACAUGCUUUGGUUUUGUGGAAUUUGAAUCUGCCAGUUUGAUGCAAAGUGCUAUUGAGCUAGCAAUGACUGAGGGAGGUUUUCAGGACGGGCUGUUUAUUGAAAUGAUAGCUUUAGGGGCGGUUGAAACUUCAUUGGUGGGAAUUUUAGCAGAGGCCGGGGCUAUGGGAGAAAUGACUUUUAGAGGCGAGGUGAUUUCUCAAAUCAAACUCGUGGUAAUGAUGGACGGAAUGAAGAAACUGGCCACAGGGUCUACCAAAAUGGUGGAUGGAAAAGCCACACACCAAGCCAAUCAAGGCAGCAUGAGCUAGGCUAUGACUGCUCCUUUUGCUCCAGUUUUGUUGAGAAUAGUACCUUUGUCUUUUGAUCACAUAGGAAGUUUAUUCAAACAGCGGCAUUCUAGGGUUUUUUUUUUUUUUUGGCUCAAGAGUUUUUAACUUUUUGGUAGUUUUAUUUUUAUUUUAGUUUCUCGGUCAAAUUGGAAAAUUUGUAACUACAUUAUUUUUGGAAUAAUUUUGUGCACUAGCUAAUUACACA